GCAGCGUUAUGCACGUAUGCAAAAAUGCAUAUAAUCACAUCAGUGCAUUAGUUGUAUUAUUAGAAUCUAAGUGAAAUUUGUAAAUAACAGAUUUGUACGUAAUUCAAAGGGUAAAUUCAGUAAAAAUGAUUGAAGAAAAAAGGUCAAAAAACUAUCAUAAGCCAGAUAUUGGAGUACGUGCCAGAUCAGUCAAAUCUGCUAGAGUACUUUUACAAAAACUUCAUAUUAGGGAAGAUGGUGCUAUAUUGCCAAAAGACACUGUGACGAAACAACACAAAAUCUCAGAAGUGAAAAUUAAUAAAGUAGAAGAAGUACAAGUAGUAACAACAAUAAAAAAUCCUGAAUUAAAAAAAUCAACCAAUACAAUACUCAAUUCGGAAAAUGAAGAAUCAACAUUGCAAUCUACAAAUUCAAUUGAAACUACUAAUGAACUACAAUCUUCUCUUACUGAUAAGUGCCAUGGAGUUGCAUUAUCAACAAAAUCUUACAAAUUCAAGAAAAAAAUAAAGCAUUUGCAAAAUGUUCAACUAAACAAAAGUCUUAAAACUCAAUCUGGAAACAAAUUUUAUCUUGAUAACUCUGUGAUUACUGAUAAAAAGCUAAGUAAGGAGAUAAAGGAACAUCCAGCACUUCUAGCUAAUACUACUACUAUACAAAAAAUUGAGAAUAAUGCUGUGUCUGUUAGAAGGAAACUAUUUAGAAAAAUAAAAGCAAAUGACGAUAAAGAAUGUCUUGGGAAUAAUAACUUAGAGAAGAAUCAUUUAUUAACUAAUCCAGUUCAAGAAACAUCUAGUGCAAAUAAUAAUAACAGAAUAGAUGAAAUCAUUCAAAUAAACACAUCGAGUAAAAGCGGCUGCAUCAAUGUUCGGAAUUCUUCACCAAAUAUUUCUACAUCUAUUACAUCACAAGGAAUCAGUAGUACAUCUGUCAUACAAGAAAAUAAUUCAAACAUAGAAGAUAAUAGUAUAAGAAAUACGAUUUCUACUAGAAAUAAAUUACGCAAAAUAACAAAGGCGAAUAAUACUUCUACAACCAAUGCUUGCCCAGUUGAAAUUUAUAACGAAUUUACAAUUACACAAAUAAAUAAGAAACAAAUAUCUGUGGAUAAAACAAUUGAACGAAUUGAAAAUAAUGACUCAAGCAAUCUAAUCAAAACUAGAAGUAAAAUUUACAAGAAAAAUACAGAUAAUAGUGAAAAACCUGUACCAAAAUUAACACUAAAACAAAUAAGUAAUAAAUUUUCAAUGAGCAAAACAAUACUUAACCACAAAGUGAAAGAAAAUGACUCUGAAGAUACACAGGAUAACAAAAAUAAUAAAAAAACAACUUCAACUAGAAGUAGAUUGUGUAAUGUGAAGAAAAUAGAUAAUCAUGAUAAAUCAUUCAUUGAGAAUGAUCCAACGCAGUCAAAACAAAAAGAUUCCAUCUUAAAUGUAUCUGAAAUUCAAAUGAAUAGUAGGUUUCCAUCAGCUGGAAAAAUAGGAAAUAAUUUGAAUUUUACCUCAGAUAUAAUGAUAGAAAACAAAACUACUAGAAAAAAUUCAUCAAAAAAAGUGAAAAUGAAUAAUGACAAGAAAUUGAAACCAAGGGAAGUUAUUAAAAGUAAAAGGACAGAUUUAUUACAAAAUAGUCCUAUUUCAAAUUCAUCUCAGGUUUCUCUUGAAGAGACAAUUGAAAAGUCAAAAGUUGAUUCUGAUGCAUCUCCAAACAAAGAGAUUGUGAAAAAUAAAAUUAAAACUAGAAGUAAGAUACUUCAGAAAAAGAAAGUUGAUGGUGAUAACAAUACUGAUGGAAACGAAGUAACACAAGCAGAAGAACAUUUUGCUUCAAUUUCAUCUGAAAUACAAUGUAAUAGUGAAUUUUCAAUAUGUGAAAAUGUAUUUAAUCAGAUAAUCAGUUUAGUAGAUCUAAAUAAAACUCAAGAUAUAUUUAAUAAAGAGAAGGGAAUGUCAACUAGAAGCAAGACACUUGAUAAAAAGUAUACAGCUUACCAAGAUAAGCCUAUUAUAGAACAUAAUCUUUUGCAAACAAAAAAUGUUCAACCUAUACUAUCUUCAGUUCUUAUUGAUGACAAAAAAUAUUUAGCUAGUAGAAACUCAAGUGGUAAAUGUAAAGUUGUGAAUGAGUUUUUAAACACAACAGAUAAUUUACAACAUAUCAUUUCCGUAAGAAACAAAUUGAUUGCAAAAGCAAAAGUAGAUGACAACAAAAAGUUGACUGUAGAAAAGCUCAGUAUUGAUACAAUAACUGUACAAUCAAAAAAAAAUCAAAACGUGCCAACAUCCACUGAUGAUCAAAUUAGGAAUAAGUUAUCUACAGAUAAAAAAUUACUUAACAUUUCGAAACAAAAUUCAACUAGAACUCCCAAAAAAGUUGACACAAAUACAAUAUCUACAAGAAGCAGAGCAGAGAAAGAAAAAAAAAAUAAUGACAAAUCUUUUCAGAAUCAAAUAAUAUGUGUUGAGCAAAAUCAUUCUACAUCUGAUUCUCAAAUAACGAAAAAUAGUAAACAGCUUUUACUAAACGAAAUACUGAAAGAUAGUUUGAAAUUUUUGGCUAAUACACCUGAUACCAAAGAAAACGAUUUAACAAUACGUAAAUCGCAUGAUAAAAAGGAGAACGCUAGCCAAAAAGAAAGUCACAUGGAAAAUAAAAUAGAAAAAGUAAAACAAAGUCAGUUGACAUCAAAACAAACAGACGUUCAAGUGAGCAGUAAAUUAUCAUUAAUUACCUCACCUAUUGAUAGCCAAGAAUAUUUAACAGAUUCUACAAAGGCCAUAGAAGAUAUAGAUAAUACAAUUUUGACCAGUAGUAAAAAAAUGCUUGAAAAAGAUAAAAUAUAUGAUCAUGAAAAUAGUAAUCUUGAUAAUAAUAGUAGUAACCGAAGACAUAAAACUGAUUCAAAAAAGACUUCAAAAAACAUAGAUCUCAAGAAUAUAAUUUCUAUUAAAAGUAACCUAAUUAAGAAGAGUGAAACAGAGAAUCGCGAAGAAUUUAUUACUGAUAAUGAAGCAGUACAUAUUAAAAAACAUCAUCCCGCAUUAAAUUCUUCUCGAUUACAGUCUAGCAAUGAAUCUACAUUAGAUAUAAUUAAUUCACAACUUAUACCUCAUGCAGUUUCAGUUAAUAUUAAUGAUUCAAGCAAUGCUAUUACAACUAGGAGAGGAUUAACUAGGAAAAUAAAAGCAGAUGUAAACUCAGUGUCAAAGAUGAUACCUCUCGUUGAAAAUCAACAUUGCUCAUCCAAAUUACAAACGUACAAGUGUACCAUACAACAAUCAAAUAUUAAUUCAGGAAAUGAAACAAACAAUUCUAAGAUAAACAAAUAUCAAUAUGUCUGCUCCGAAAAAGAAAUAGUAAUUAAGUUAGUUAGAUGUGAUCAAGAUCAGCUUAAAAAUAUAUGUUUAUCUGAAAGAGGGACACCUAAAAAGAAGGUACUGCAAGGUAAACGUAAAGGAAACCGCAUACCAACUGUUGAAGAAGAAAUAAAGGCUAAGAAAUCUAAGCAAAUCGAUCCCAGUAAUGAUAAUGUGGAUUCACAAGUUUCUACUGUAAAUCAACAGCUAACAGUUGUCAACCAACAACCAUUGGACACUAUCGAGAAUAUUGAGAAAUUAGUAAUAGAAUCACAAAAUAAUAUAGACUCCAGUAUCAGUGAUAUUUACAUUAUAAAAAAUAGUGAAAAUGUUUCUAAUAUUUGUGAAGCAACAGAAAAAGAUAAAUGUAUUGAAAAUGUAUCGCAUAUCAAUACUGCGGAUAAUGCAAAUUAUGUUACUGAAAGUCCUGAAACAUCAGAAAAAGAAAAUCAAUAUGAUAAUGAACAUAUAGAAAAUGGAAAGAAAAUUAUUGUACAUAAUCCAAGUGACAAUUGUAGUGUAAAUGAAGAGGAAAUACUUGAAGAUAAAGGCGAAGGAAUAUUUUCCGAUACGUCCGAAAAGGAAACAAAUACUGAAAUUCAUGUUAACAAUGAUGUCAUAAUUGGGGAUAAUAUAUCUACAACUGCUAUUCAAAAUAAAGAAAGCCAUAGCGUUAUAGUUCGAAAAAUGGUUGAAGAAGUAAUCAAUGAUUGGGCUGUUGUAGAUGAUGACAAGACUGAUAAUAUUUGUGUAAAUGGAAAUUUCUCAACGCCUGAAGUCAUACAAAUUGAAGAUAAUGAAGAUUUAGAUGUAAUAAUUGAUGUACAUCAAAUGGCUGUGAAUACUGAAAAAGAAAAAGAUUCUAGUCAUAAUUUACGUACAACAUUUCGUGAAAAUACUGAACUCGAUAACAUUGACAUAUCUAAUAGUCCACUGAUUGAUUCAGAAAAAAGUGCAAAUACAAUUGACAAUAAAACUGUUGAAAAUAAGGAAUGCAAUAAUAUGCACAAAGAAUCUCGUCAAUCAAAUUCAACCUCGGAACAGACCUCGGAAGUGUCGGAAGCUGAAGACAUUGAUGACAGCAAUUUCGAAUCAAUCGAUGAAAGUUCUUGUGCUGAAAUAUUUGCUAACGAAAACCAUAAUGACCAAGAAGACAAUGUGCCUCAAGAAACAAUUACAUACUAUAACAGUGAAGAUAUUUCCAUAGACAAUGGUGCUCCAACUGACAACAAUACAUUGAACGAUAUAGUUAUGAAUUUGAAAGAUGCCUGUGAUAAAAUAACAGCCGAUUUGAGUGCAGUUGAUACAUCUUACGCUAAUAAUGAAGAGCCGUCGAACCAUCACGAACCUGAGCUACUGUAUAUUUCCGAUGAUUCUAACGAAAUGGAAGAAAAUGAAGUGGAAGUAAUGAUUCUUGAACCACAAAUCGAAAUUCAUGAAACAGAACCAUCACCGGUAGAGCAACAAGGACUUAUCAUUUCGAAUCAGUUACAACAAGUAAUGCAACAGGGAAGUCCUUCAAUUUCAGUCAUUAAAGCUUCUGAGCUGCGUGAUGAAGUACUCGAACCUCCCGUAGAAUAUCCUAUCAAACCAACUGGACAGAGAGUUGUACAUCCACAAAGACAAAUGUUAUCGACAACUUUGUUACCUGCGAGCAUCAUUAACGACAAACAAUGUCCUUCAUCAAUAUUUACCGAAGAUUCAAUAAUUCAGUGUCCAAAGUGCAAAUGUGAAUUCGUUGGCAAGACUAGGCUACGUCAUCACUGGUUAACCUGCGCCGACGCAAUGUAUUUAUGUUGUCCAUUCUGCAUAACCAAAGUAAAACAACGACGUAGUCUCAUUCAUCACCUCAAUACACAACACCAGAAUCAAAUAACUAGUGCAGAUGCCAUCAAAGUUGUCGAUCGAGUCGUAAAGGAAACGAGAGAAGUUGCUGGUGGUAUACUCCGUCAAGGUUCCAGUUUUGCACUUCGAGAUUUAUUAAGAAAUACUCUUACAAUACCGGUUAUUGAACUGCCUGCCUUCAUUCGUGUUCAGUGCGUAGUGUGCAACAAGAUGUACGAUGAAAUUCCGGCUACUUACAAGAAGACUUGCGAUGAUUGUUCGAGCGACUUGAUGACCGCAAUAUGUCAACUUUGUCGCAAACAAUAUAUGCUCUCGACUAAAAUAGCCGUUCACGUGCAGGGUAACUGUAUAUUCAGUGGUCGCAUUAAAUGUCGAGAUUGCGAGUUUGUCAGUAGCAGCAGAUAUCAUCUACAAGAACAUAUUAUUCGUAAACAUAUUUAUCUCGCUCCAGAAGAUUACUAUACAUGUCGUCUCGGCUGCGGUAAGAGUUUUCGAGUUCAGGAUGCUCUCAAGAAACACGAACGGAUUUGCAUCAAAGAGGCUGAUCUGAAUUGUAGAUUCUGCGAUUACAAGACCAAGCAUCGUUCUGCUAUGAAGAUGCAUUUACAGCAGCAUAUCUUACAUAAGAAGUUAACUAUUGACAAUGACGGCACUGUUCAAGUUUGCGGACUACAAGACAGAAGUGAAACGGAAGAUGACGAUAGAGACUUGAUAACUGAACAACAGAUACGAAGUGUUAUCCGUGUGCAUUGUUCACGUUGCAACCGCACACUCCGACUGACUAGCAAUCGAUCAUCCUGCGAAUUCUGUAAAUUGUCGUUUACAUUUAGUUGCUCACGCUGCCCAAACUUAGGACGCCUGGAAUCUUUGCACGCAGCUCGCCUUCAUGUGAUUCGUUCACACAGCGCCAAAAUCCACGAAUGUCCCCACUGUAUCCAAAAAUUUUCCUACGUGUAUGAUCUUACUAGACACAUAUCCAGAUGCAAAGCGAAAAAGUUCAGAUGCGAACAUUGCAACUACCGAGCCAAUGAAGAACACAAGAUCCGUCAACAUAAGCGUCGUGUUCAUUUUUCUAUCAUCAACGAGUCGCCUUUCUGUAAAAAGUGCGGUAAGUGGUUUAACCGUGGCGAUAGUCUCAAGAGACACGAGAAAAUGCAUUGCGGUGUCAAGCCUGGAUUAUCUUGUGAACAUUGUCAAUUCAAAACUAAAACUAAAUUCAGCCUGCUCAGACAUAUUCAAAGUCAACACGCUUAUAUUUAUGAGAAUUUCAGCUUUGUCUGCGACAGGUGUAAUAAGUUUUACACUAAUAUGUUUGCUUACGAGGAACAUGUUAAGAAUUGCCAUGCUUUGUAUAAGAACUGAAUUAUCUUAUCAUACCGUGACUGCCUUCCACACGUGUAUUACGCGUAAUACUGUAAUGACGAUUUUUUCUUGUUCUGAUUUUCGAUUUUAAAAUAGUUGCGAUAAAGACUUUUCAAGUACAAAUUUACUUUUAUAUUAACUAGGUGUGAUUAUUAGUAUUUUUGUCUAAGUUGCAUCAAAUGAUAGAUGUGUUAUAAUUUAUGAGAUUUUUUUUUGUUCAUUUUAUAUAUUCCUUUAUUGUUUUAUUGAUGCUCUUGAGUUUGUAUUAGAACGCACUAAUUUAUAGAGUUCUUUUUUCCGUAUUAAAAGAUUUUAUUGAACAAAUUGUAUUUAACGAUUAAAAUGGUAUAGAUACUUAUUUAAUUAUCUACCCAUUUCAAUAUCAAUGCGGUUCAUUGUCUGAAUAAGUUAUAAAGAAGCUAAAUUCAUAGUUUAUUUAUUGUAUAUCGGUACAAAAUAGAGAGAGAUUAAAAUACUAUAUUUUAUUUCUAAUAAAUAAAUUUAUAUUACAGUAUGAGUAUUUUUUGAGUUUGUUACACAAGUUACUUUAUUAAAAAAGAUA